AUGUCAAGUGGAACAGUGAGAAGAGUCUCACGUCAAGAUAUACAACUGGUUCAGAACCUUAUAGAGCGAUGCCUCCAACUUUACAUGAAUCAGGAAGAAGUCGUUGAAACUCUACUGGAGCAGGCUAAAAUCGAGCCUGGCUUCACACAGCUAGUUUGGCAGAAGCUUGAAGAAGAGAACAAGGAGUUUUUCAAGGCUUACCAUCUUAGGCUAAUGGUGAAACACCAGAUUAUGGAGUUCAACAAGCUCCUUGAGCAGCAGGAUUACCACAUGCGUCAGAUGCAUCCUACUGGAGUCACUUCCAUCCAAAACACUAAUGGCUCUUAUAUCCAAUCAAUGAAUCAGAAACAGUUAUGUUAUGCAUCUGAUCAGUCUUUGAAGUCUGAUAAUGCACAUCAUCCUAUGGCUUCUGGUCUGUCUAAUCCAUACCUCAACGGCUCCUCAACACUCAACACAAACGUGGCCUCCUCUGUGAACAUAUCAACACAUGCUAGGAGAGUUGAUGCAUCUCCAAACAUGCUCUCAUCUUCACAGACCACAAACAUGCCUAAUAUGAUGCAAGGAAUGAAUGGAGGAGGAGGGAUGAUCAAGUCGGAGACUGCCUAUGCAAACCCUGCUUCAUUCAUGUAUGGUGGUGAACGGAGUGCCUUGGAAGGACACUCCACUGUUGGAGAUGCUUCGAUUCCUUCUUUUGGUCAAAUCCCUCGGAAUUUCAGCCUCUCUGACUUGACAGCUGAUUUCUCACAGAGCUCAGAGAUUCUUGAGAGCUACGAUAGGUCACCCUUCCUUGCGCGUGAUGCUGAAAAUUUCCUGGACUCCCGUGACAGAGGAGAAUAUCAAGGAGACAACAAGAGACUGGAGACCAUAUCUGAAGGUUUCAGUUACGAGAACAUUGGGAGCGAGUAG